AUGUCCUAUGUUGCCACCCCUGAAGAGGUUCGCGCCUGGGAGGAACUCUCCUCCAAACCUUCCUUUUCCCAGGAGCUCAUCACCGUCGACUUUACUACAACACCUGAAUUCAUCAAGUCUGUCAUUUCCCCUGGUUUCGAACCUGGAGACGAACCCAGGGGCCAUAUUAGCCUCGGCACGAUGGAGAGCAGACUCUGUGGCGAGUUUGACUGCGUCAUGGUCUCCAUUGACGUCAAAUUCCGAGGCCGCCAUGGGACUCACAUGUUGGAGCUCAUCAUCAGUGGCGACACCCCAGUGACCUGGGGCCGAGAGGUUUGGGGCGAGGUCAAAAAGACAGGAAUAUGCCGGAUGUGGAGAUCGGGGAGCUAUCGAUAUGCCUACGCUGAACGGAACGGCGUAAGGCUUAUCGAGCUAGUGGGAGAGUUUGGCGAUGACCUCCCCGCCCGCAAACGAGAGGCGACUGCCUUUGAAAUCAAGGCUUAUCCUCACUCUAUGGGCAAGGGACUUCAGUGGGAGCCUAGAGUGAACAUCCUGACCGUCGUCGAGGAAGACACCCGGCGAUCUGUUGGAAAAGGCCGAUUGGCAGUUCGAGGCACGUCUUCGGACCCUCUCCACAGCAUUCCGAUCUUGUCGAUCGGCGAUAUGGAAUAUGUCUCCGGAAAGGCUGACUACACCGUUGUGGAGGAGCAUGAACUGGGUUGUGGUCAAGCCUACCUUCCAUAUUUGGUGGGCCGACACUACGACGACCUCCGUGACUUCAGGGUGGGUGCGGAAUGGAACAAGUUGGAGUUCGAGAAGAGGGAGGUACAGGAGGGCAGCGUCCGGGAAUUUACCACCCCUUCCAUGUAA